ACAGCACAGCACAGCACAGCACAGGCAUCGCCUUGCCUCGCGUCCCUCCCGCGGCGUUGGCUGCUGCUCGACUCGCUCGACAACCAUCCCGUCACAGCCACUUCUGCGCAACUGAACGCUUACCUAGGUACCUGGUGGUACUGCCGCAUCAUGCGCUCCCCCGCGGGUCACGGCCCAACUGUCAUUCAGGCCGCAUUGUGAUUCGAGAGCGUCUGGUGUGUAGGUGAGCGUUCGCAGGGCCGUGGGGUCUGGUUGGUGCAAAAGAAGCUCUGUAUCGCCCUCAGCCUACCACGUCUGUUGCUCCCUCUCCCGGCCUGCUCCCAGCUUCGUUCAUCCCAUUCCCCGCUCAAAGCUAAGCACGUACUCGUAAGUCAGCUCGGCCACCUUUGUAUUCACUCGUUGGAUAUUCACUGAGGUGAGGUGAGGCGCUGGUGGAGGGGCAAGCGUCCCGUCAUCCAGGCCCUCUACCUGCUUAUUUAAAGACCCCUCACCCGCCCCUCCUCGAUUCUUCUUUCUUUCGCAACCCCGCAAGUUCAGCUCUUCCUUCAAUUCCUCGUCACAUCCGAUACUUUGCGGAUCUUGUCGCAGAUACAGACAUUAUGUCCAACUCAGAUUAUUACGGUGGAGGUGGCGGUGGUCACCAAGGAGGCUAUCAACAGCACCAAAAUUACAAUCAGCCCCCGCAACAGCAAUAUCCUCCUCAACCCAACUACAAUCAGCCGCAAAACUACAACCAGCCUCAAGGCCAGUACCCUCCUCAGCCCAACUACUCGACUCCUCCUCCUCAACACCAAGGCUAUGGCGGUCCUCCCCCUUCGCACUCUCCAUAUCCACAACAGCAGCCCGGCCAACUCUAUCAGCCUCAGCCACACUACGGCGGCGGUCCCUCUCCAUCACAUUCGCCAGCUCCCUAUCCUCAAGCCGGUCCUCCAUAUCCUUCAUCGCAUUCCCCCCAGCCCCAAUACGGUGACAACAGACAACAAGUGCAACGCGGUGCGCCAGGCGAGCAGAUCGGUCCAAACGGCGAGCGAGGAUUCGGAGCUACACUGAUCGGAUCGGCCGGAGGCGGCUUCCUUGCCCAUCAAGUGGGAGGAGGAGUCUUGGGCACAAUGGUCGGCGGUAUCGUUGGCGCAAUUGGUGCAAACGCAUUAGAGGGCAAGCACAAGAAAAAGAAGAAGGAGAAGAAGGACAAGAAACACAAGCACUCAUCCUCUGGGUACGGCGGCAGUAGCUAUGGUGGCAGCAGCUAUGGCGGAAGUGCAGUUGGCGGAUUAUAUCCACAGGCGCAUGGACACCAUGGACAUCACAGACAUCAUUCGAGAUCUAGAAGUCGUGGUGGUGGAUCGAGUUCUUCAUCCAGUUCAAGUGAUAGCGACUAGAAGGUUUUUUGGAACGAUGGUUACGAUAGCUGGGAACUGGCGCAUUGGACAUGGAUCAUGAUUUUCUUUUGGAUGAUGGCAAGACCUAUGGUUUUUGGAAGCCUCUUUAUUUUACGUUUCGCAAUUGCGCGCCGAGAUCUCUACUUUUUCCAGUCCGGUAUUUAGGACUUCAUGAAUGACGAGACUUCAAAAUGGAUCGUUUUAUUUCCAAUGAUCCGCAAAUGGCUAUGAUACUAGCAUUGGUUUCACUCCGUGAAUUUGAAUGUGAUGUUGUUUUGGCAUUUCAAUAUUUGUUUACAUUCGCACACUGCUUCCUGCCGUGAAACGUGACUCGUUUGCAAUAGGUACUUACCAGGGUACGAAAUCCC